UCUCCCUUUAUUUUCACCAGGCUCAACCAACUGAAUGGAAGUGGAGCGGUGCAAUGCAACAUCACCAACAGAAUUUGUCCUGCUGGGACUCCUGAACCACACCAAAGUCCACACCUUCCUCAUGGCCAUGAUUUUACUAGCCUUCAUUACUGCUGUGCUCGGGAAUGCUCUCCUCAUGUUUCUAAUCCAGGUGGAUUCCUCUCUUCACACCCCCAUGUACUUUUUCCUCAGCCACCUGGCCUUCAUGGACAUCUGUGAGACUCUCACCAUUGUCCCCAAAAUGUCAGCAGACUUUGUAACCCCAGGCAACACGAUUUCCUGGGCUGGCUGUGGGGCUCAGAAGUUCUUCACGCUGGCAACAGGUGGAGCAGAGUGCCUCCUUCUGGUCGUCAUGUCUUAUGACAGGUACGUAGCAAUCUGCAACCCCUUGCAAUACCCUCUCCUCCUGAGCAGGAGAGUCUGCCUGGGCUUGGCUGCUGCGGUCUGGAUUGGGGCAUCUAACUGGCCUGAGGAGCUCCCGCACAUGGAAGUGGUGCAGCUGAUAUGGGUGAUCCAUCAAUUGAUUCUACCAGGUUAG